GAUCUUAACCAAGUAGUCUAGGUCAAAGUCAAUUGUGAACGACUCAAUUUUUGAUUCAUCUUGUAUUAAAAUUUCUCUUAUUUUUUUUUUGAGUGCUCAAAAUCUUGUGUUAGUGUGGUCUAUUUCGGUAAAAUCGAACAAUACUAAGGAGAGUCUUCAUUGUCCUUAACUGUGAUAUUGACUAUGAUAUUAUCGAGACCCGGAUCCUCGUCGGAUUUUUUCAAUUUCCUCAAUACUAUGGUCAAGUAAUGCACUUGCUAUUAUCUCGAGACAUUGUCGUCACGAGCACGACUUGUGAUCUUUUAAGUAGUUCAAGAAUUUCUAGAGGCAUUUUGAAUAUAAACUUUCCUCCCCUCCUACAGGCAGUGUGUCUAGUCAAGCCUUCAACGUCUUCGAACGUUCCACAACAGAGUGAUAGUCCUUGGAUUAUUCUAUCAUAGCUAUCUUUGCUAGGCAAAUAAAUUGCCUUAUACAUUACUCCUUCGACACACCUGUUACUUCGACACAUUAUCAUACCGGCAAAUUACCACGCUCUGGAAAUAUCGGAAGCAAAGAUGGCUUCCAAUAGUUCGAACUUCGAUCCGCUAACCCAGAGUAUUACCAUUCUCAUGGCCGAUGGUAUUACAACUGUGUCUUUCACACCACUCGACAUUGACUUUUUUUACUACUACAAUGUGGCUUGUUGUAUCAACUAUGGUGCUCAAGCUGGAGCUUGCUUGUUGAUGUUCUUCGUCGUCGUCGUCCUCACCAAGGCUGUCAAGCGCAAGACCCUCCUCUUUGUGCUCAAUUUCCUCUCACUCAUUUUCGGGUUCCUUCGCGCCAUGCUUUAUGCCAUCUACUUUCUUCAAGGUUUCAAUGACUUCUACGCCGCUUUCACGUUCGAUUUCAGCAGAGUGCCACGCUCGUCAUAUGCUUCUAGUGUUGCUGGUAGUGUCAUUCCUCUUUGUAUGACGAUCACAGUCAACAUGUCUUUAUAUCUUCAAGCUUACACUGUCUGUAAGAACUUGGAUGAUAUAAAACGAAUUAUUCUUACCACACUCUCUGCUAUUGUCGCCCUACUAGCAAUUGGCUUUAGGUUCGCCGCAACGGUCGUCAAUUCCGUGGCUAUAUUAGCAACAUCUGCUUCGUCUGUGCCAAUGCAAUGGCUAGUCAAAGGAACCCUUGUAACGGAGACAAUUUCGAUAUGGUUCUUCUCCCUCAUAUUUACUGGAAAAUUAGUAUGGACCCUCUAUAAUCGCCGAAGAAACGGAUGGAGACAAUGGAGCGCGGUGCGAAUUCUCGCUGCUAUGGGUGGUUGCACCAUGGUUAUCCCUUCUAUUUUUGCCAUCCUCGAAUAUGUGACACCUGUUUCGUUUCCAGAAGCAGGAAGUAUUGCCCUAACAUCGGUCGCACUUUUACUCCCCAUUUCUUCACUUUGGGCCGGUAUGGUAACAGACGAGGAAACAUCUGCUAUCGACGUGUCCAACCUUACUGGUUCACGCACGAUGCUAGGUUCACAAAGCGGAAACUUCUCACGAAAGGCACAUGCCAGUGACAUCACGGCACAAUCCUCCCACCUCGAUUUCUCAUCCAGAAAAGGAAGCAAUGCCACCAUGAUGAGAAAAGGCAGCAAUGCCAUGGACCAAGUUACCACAAUUGACUGUGUCGUUGAGGAUAACCAGGCGAAUCGUGGUCUGAGAGAUAGCACGGAAAUGGAUCUCGAAGCCAUGGGUGUUCGUGUUAAUAAAUCGUAUGGUGUUCAGAAGGCAUGAGUAGAUUUAAGUACAGUUACGCAUGAUAGAUACCCCAGAUUUGAUGAGGAGAAUUGAAUGGGCAGUUUAAUAGAGGUGAUAUCCGAAGAUGCGGUAGUAAUGAGCGUUAAUUGAGAGCAUUUGCACAGGUGCGAAGCGAAUCGGAUUGAAAGCUUUCUUUUUCAAAUGUAGUUACGCAUGGAAAUCCAUCGUGUUAAUUUAUAGGUCUCUUGAGAAUGGAAUCAUUAUCGCA